AAUAAAAGAGAUAUUUUUUGGUUUCGUGGGUCUCGUACGUCUUGCAAGAGUAGUGAGGUUCGUGAGUCGUGAGUGAGUCAGUGAUCAACUGGCUUCCGAUGAAAGGAAUAUGUUUGUCCUCCAGAGGUCUUCUAUUUUGCAACAACUGUUCUUCCACCGUCAUUUACCUUAUCAUGACAAGAAAAGAGUUCUUCUGGAAUUUUCGCAUAAAAUAUCACGACAUGGAGGCUGGGUGCGGGCCAUACCAUCCGCAACGGCAUCAGCAGCUGACGUUCAACAGAGGAAUAUCCACGAAGUUUCGGGGGACGUCGUUCCCAUAAAUAUGGUGAAGGGCAUAGGGCACCUGAGAGAUCCUCGUCUGAAUAAGGGACUGGCUUUUACAUUGAAAGAGAGAAUAGCUUUGGGAAUUCACGGGCUGCAACCUCCGCGUUUCAAAACCCAGGACGAGCAGUUGGCCCUUUGUAAAGCCUCGGUGAUGAAGUAUACAGAAGAUCUAAAUCGUUACCUCUACCUCGUGGAGCUCCAGGAGAGGAACGAACGUUUGUUCUUCCGACUCCUUAGUGAGAACAUCGAGCAGAUGAUGCCCAUCGUUUACACUCCGACCGUUGGACUUGCCUGUCAGAAAUUCGGGGUCAUCUAUAGAAGACCCAGGGGACUGUUCAUAACAAUCUACGAUAAGGGACACAUCUAUGAGAUCCUUAACAAUUGGCCGGAGCAAGCAGUUCGCGCAAUUUGCGUGACAGAUGGAGAACGAAUUCUGGGUCUUGGGGAUCUGGGGGCCUGUGGAAUGGGCAUUCCAGUGGGAAAAUUGGCUCUUUACACAGCUCUUGCAGGUAUUAAGCCUCACCAAUGUCUUCCUAUUACCAUCGAUGUGGGGACAAAUAAUGAUCAACUGAGGGAUGAUCCUCAUUAUAUCGGGCUCAAUAAACCCAGGAGCCAAGGGGCCGAGUAUGAUGAGCUCAUCGACGAGUUCAUGGCUGCUUGUGUGAAAAAAUAUGGGCAGAAUGUUCUUAUUCAGUUUGAGGACUUUGGCAACCACAAUGCCUUCCGUUUCCUCGACAAGUAUCGUGACAGAUACUGCACAUUCAACGAUGACAUUCAGGGCACUGCAGCAGUGGCCGUAGCCGGAAUAAUGGCAUCUCAAAGGAUAACAAAAAGAAAAAUGUCAGAGAACAAAUUCGUCUUCCUGGGCGCUGGUGAGGCUGCCAUCGGAAUCGCAGAUCUGUGCGUCAAGGCGAUGGAGGCAGACGGCUGUACCCAGCAAGAGGCCAGGGAUAAGGUAUGGAUGAUGGAUAUCGAUGGACUUCUCACCAAAAAUAGGAAAGUGGGGAAUCUGGAUGGUCACAAAGUCUGGUACGCUAAGGACCAUGGAGACAUUGAAACUCUGCUAGAUGUCGUUAAAGAAAUCAAACCCACGUGUCUAAUUGGUGCAUCUGCGGCUGCUGGAGCAUUCACCCCUGAGGUGCUCCAAGAAAUGGCGAAAAAUAAUGAAAGACCCAUUAUAUUUGCUCUUAGCAAUCCUACUAGCAAGGCUGAGUGUACAGCACAGCAGGCUUACGAUAAUACUCAGGGAAGAUGUAUAUUUUCGUCAGGAUCACCCUUUGGCGAGGUCAAGUAUGAGGGUAAAAUUUAUAAACCAGGACAAGGAAACAACGCAUACAUCUUCCCAGGAAUUGCCCUGGGGGUGAUUGCUACCGGUGUUCAUCAUAUCACCGAGGAUCUAUUCUUAAUAUCCGCAGAGACGGUUGCGGACCACGUCAAGGAGGAGGAUUUGGCGAGGGGAAGUGUCUAUCCUCCUCUCGGAACCAUCAAGGAGUGCUCCAUUGAAAUUGCUGUCAGAAUUGCAGAGUAUGCUUAUGGCCAGUGUGGACUAGCUAGUGAAUAUCCUGAGCCCAAAGACAAGAAAAAAUUUAUAAUGGAGAAGAUGUAUGAUGCCAACUACGACAGUCCUCUCCCGAAUUUCUACGAGUGGCCCGAGGAUUACGCGAAACCUCGCGUCUUACCGGAGGAGGAUCUACAAAUACGCCAUAACUUGAAGCAUUUGUAAAAAAAAAAUGAGUCCAUAAUUACAAGUGAUUACGCACUAAUCAUCUAAUCAUCAUAUUGAUAUUGAGAAUUAUGCAACAAACUAUACAAACUGCCGCAAUAUGCCAUAUUAACAAACUGUUUUUGAAGUCUAAUUGUAUUAUUCAGAUGAUAAAUUCAGUAUCCUAUUCAGUAUUUUUUUAAUGAGAUCUUGUUAUUCUAGAAAUUGUGGUUUUAUCAAGAGUCGAAUUCCUCAAAUGAUAUUUUCACUAUGAAAUGGCGAUUCAACUCGUGAUCGAGGAAUUUAUCUGCGAGGUGUCAGUUCAUGUGCGAAAAAAUCCAAUUCAUACAAAAGAAAUUCUUCCUUGAAGGAUUACUCUUAUAACGAAGUAUUACGUUUGAAAAUAACAACAUUGGUUAAUGAAAUAUUUUCUAUGUCAUUUUAGGAAUUAUUUAUGAGUCUAGGAGGCGUUAUAUCUGCCCCGUUGGUUUCAUAGUCCUUCAGAAUACUUAAUUGUACUUAAUUGUUGGUGUUAUAAUUAACAAAACUUUUUAAGGUAUUUCUCCAUUACCAAGGUGUGUAACAGUUAUUUAUUCCACUGUAACGAACCAUGUCGAUUAUGUUAUUGGUUAUUUAAAUUAUUGCUUACUCUGUAAUAAUAAAAGUAAUAAGACGAAACUGAUUUUGAUUGA